AAGUGGUGAUGCGUUGUCCUCUUUAAAAGCUAUAUCUAUUUAAGGGCUAAUUCAAUUCAAGCUGUUAAUUGCAAAUUUGCAACCUAUGGAAUUUAUGAUAAUGAUUACCGAAAGUGAUGAAAUAUUUUAUUACACUAGUGAUGGCUGACAAUCGUCCAACUACAAGAAAAAGAGCUGAAGUUUUAUUUGAUGUCUUAACUGCAAAGGACAAUAAUGUGCAUUGUGAAACAACAGCCCCAUUUUCUACAGUUGAUAAUGAGCAGAAAAAGAUAAGUGAGAAAAAUGAAAAUAAAACUGAUACAGCUGUUAAAGAAGAUGAUCAACAUGAAAAUGUUGUUAAUGAAAAUAAAGCACCUGAGGAAAAUAAAGUUCCAUCUGAAGAUGCUUUAAAAUAUAAAGGACUUUUGCAAGAAAUUGACGACCAAUUAUCUAUUGAAGAAUUGUGUGCUGUUCUACAAGGAGAGAAUACUUUGGCUAAAAGAUGCCAAAGUGCACUUAGUUUAGCUGUUCUUUGUCGUUCCCAGUUAAGUGAAAAAGAAUGCAAAUUCAUCUUUGAUACAUUGACUUCAUUACCUAAUCAUCAUAAUUUUUAUGCAUUUUCAUUCUGUCAUUCAUUACUUCUUUAUAUGUUGACCACCCAAAAUUUGAGUCCUGAGCUUUGUACCAUUCUUGAGGCCAAUAUCUUAAAAGUGGCUCACUCUGUAAUCAAUCAAGAUGCUAUUCUAGGAAAUGGCUUUACAGAAGCAAGAAUCAUACUUCUAGGAGGUGAACGUUAUAUGACUGCUUGCAAACUCUGUGAAGAAAUAUUUUGUGAUGAUAACUUGGAUGUGAAUGCCCUUGAUUUGGAAAAUCUACUCAGGAUAUAAUUUCAGAGAACCUUAUAAAUAUGGAAGACGAAGAUGAAAGUAUAACCAUAGCUUCUUAUACUGUUAAUCAGUGCUUGCAAGUUUUAGAACAAAUUUUGUCUGUUGAUCCAAGUUCUCCUUGUAAAACCUUAGAUCAUGAAGAUUUUUCACUGCUACGAUGCCUUACUAAGUUGUUAGAAUGGAGCAUGAUAUCUUUAUUCCCUCAGCAUGUUUCUAAUAGAGCACCAUUUAAAGUUAAAAAUGCUGUACAUGCUUUCCAUCUUUCAACACUUGUGUCUAUUCUGAAAGUAUUCUCAAUUUUGUCUUUUGAUCCAGAUCAGUAUGAUUCCUUCACCAAUGUAAAAGGGUCAAUGGAGAAAAUUAUGUUAGUUAUAUUGAAGACUUAUUUUCAAGCGGAAGAUAAACAUUUUGAUGUCCUUGUCUUGGCCCUUGAACUAAUGAUAAAUUUUGCUUUGAAAUGUAAGAAGACAUUUGUUCUUUUAUGCCUCAAAAAAUUUGAAAUUAAUAGUUCUGAAGAGAUUUUGGCAAUUGAAGCUCUUUUAAAGAUUCUUGAUACUAGUUUAGAGAAAAUUAGUAGGGUCAAAUUAAGAACUGUGGAAAAUCCUGAAUCUAAUUCUGAAGUAGAAGAUCAAGAAGCCCCUACUGAACAACAAGAAGUGGAUUACUUAAAUCUUGUUCUACAAGCUGCUGACGAAGAUAUGGAGUUGAGCAUGAUUGUUUCUUUUACUGGAAUCCUUUUGAUGUAUUUUAUUGAUACAAAAAAGAGUUUCUCAGAAUUUGUCCAAGAAAGGCUAUCAUCAGAAAAAUGUGCUGAUGUUGUAGCUGUAUCUAAAAAGUUUUUACAGUUUACAUUGAUAACAGGAGGUAUGCCUGCAACUGGAAUUCUACUCUUAAGAACCUCAAUAACCAAGUUAAGUGAGCUCCACCCGUCCUCGUCGUAGCUCUCAUUCGUAUUUUCUGCUUCAUUUGUAAAUAUUUUAUUAGUUUUUUUUAAAUAUUUCUUUUUCAUUCAUAAGUUUUAUGCAAAGAGGACAUGUUACUAACUUGAAUUAUUACAAUGUCAAGUUCUUCAAGCAUUUAACUGAUAAUCUGUGAUGUAUAAUAUCUCUGUAAUGUAUGUCUAUCAUUUGUGAUGUGUGACAUUUAACCGACUUACAUUUUAUCUCAUUCAUUUGAAAUGAAAGAAAAUUUUGACGAAGAAUCUGUUGCAAUUUAGAAAUGAAUUAACAUGUCUUGACUACUUGUGUAAAAUCCAUCUGGCAGUUGAAAAUCUGUGAUGUAAAAUAUCAGUGUUGUUACUUUAUGUUAUGAACGUUUGUAAUGUGUAAUAUUUUAUCUUUGUAUUUAUUUUAAACCUUUUUUUAUUUAAAACUUAAUUGAAUUUUUUUAAAAAUUGUUUAUUUUUUUUGGGGGGGUUUUUUUUUACUGUUCAUAUGUAUUAUUGAUUUAAUCAUGAAAGGAUUUAUUAUCAUCAAAUGAUUGAAAUGAAUAGUAAUUUAUAUAUUUAGAAAGUUUUUCUUAAAUAUAAAACAUCAUUGUAAAAAUUAGUCGGAAUUCUUUUAAAGUAUGUUAUGUAUCAAUUUUAGUGAAUGCAAUUUUAAAUAAUAUUUUAGUAAUGUAACAAAACCGAAGUCACGAAAAACAAUCUAAAAUAGGGAAGAAAAAAAAGCAAAUGUGCCAUUAAACAAAAUAAAUAUAUAUUAAUUUAUAUACAUGCAAUGUACUAUCACUUUCUUUUUUCAGUUUGAACACAAACAAUACAAAAUUGUGUAUUUUACAAUAGAAUCAGUUACACUUGAAAUAAAUUACUUUUGGGAUAUAAUAUAAAUAAUUGCAAUUGAUAAAUAAUUUUAAAUAAAUCUUAACAAAAUAGUUUUUUUUUUUUUUUUAAAUUUUACUGACUUAUUUAUCUUUCUACUUUUUAAUUGUUGGAUAAUUUAUUUGAGAGUUUUAAAUCUUCUGACUAAUUUGUAGUUUUUUUCAAAAAUCUAUUUAGCUUGAACUUCAUGGUAGCAUUUUACUUACAAUGUCUAAAGAAAGAAUUACUGUUCCAUUAUUUUAAAAAGAGCAAUUGUCCCUGUCUUCUUCAAUUAGAAUGUACCUAACUUCAGGCAAUAGGUUGUUUUUGCUCGAAAACGUAUGUAUUAUUUACUGAAAGUAAAAUAUAAAUGUCUUUGAUGUAAAAUUCUGCUUAACUAGUGCCAACGUAUUAAAUUAAUUCUUAAAUGGAUUUUUUUACUAAGUACAGAUAAUUGAGUCCUAAUGAGCCAGGACUCCGACUUAAUAUAAUAGUGGCACGUUAUAUUCUGCUAGCUUUAACAAAAUAAUGUGUUUUCUUAAUUAGUUUUGGGACCUAGCCACAGAUAAUCUGAACAUGGUUAAGCAGAAAUACACUGUAAUAUAACAUAAAUCUGAUGCGUAAUUCUGCUAGUAGUUGCAAAUUAAAGUAAUUUUAUUUAUUUUUUAUUAAGCGCUGAUAAUCAGUAUAUGGAUAAUCAAACAUAGUGUAAUAUAAAUUAAAAAUAGUUAUUCUGGCCAAAGUAAAAAUACAUUAUUAUUAUUUUAUAAGCACAGGUAAUUAAGACUGUACUGUAUUAUAAUAAGAAAUGGCAAAAUGAAGUAUCAGGUUACACUGAGUUUUUAGCAUUUGCUAAAUAACAUGCAAGAAAGAAAAUUAAUGCAUAGGGUACGUAUAAUAAACUAAAUUUUUCAGAAUAACCACUGAAAAAGCAUUUUAACUUUAGAAAUCAUUAAUUUAUAAUGAGAAUAAAAUUUUGCUUGUUUUACUAUUUGUUUGAGUUUCUAUUAUAUAUGCAAUGAUUUUGUUAAUGAUAUUAAAUGGCAAUGCUACUGUUGAUUUAGUGUGAUUACAUGUUUCCCAUAAAAUUUAUCAUAAUUUCUUUUUAAAAACAAUAUGCCUAUAUUUAAACGAAUGUGUUUAUUUUAAACAAAUAUUUUUAGUAACUAUAUUUUUUGCCUUUUUAAAAUUACAAGUAAAUUUUAAUUCAUUUUUAGAGACUAAUUUUAAGCUUAAUUCACUUGAUACAUAUUUUCUGAUGUUCUAUAAAAGCUUUGUUUUUAAUACGUAAUUUAAAAAUAUAACUCAGUUUCUUGUAAUUUUAUAAAGAUAAGUUUACCAACUUCACCCCAUUUCUAAAGAAUAAAUAUGUAAGUUGAAGUUAUGUAAAUAAUUUUUUAUUAUGAUUCAUGUAUUAGCUUAUUUUAAAACAGCUUUAUAAAUUUACUGCCAUGUACAUUUUUAUCUUAUGUAUACACAUUUGCAACACUAUAACAAUUCUUUUUUUUCCACCUGCAUUUUCCAAUAUAUUUGUUUUUAGGUUUUUCAUUAUAGCGCAUUUGUAUAUUUUCGCAUUGUCUGUGUCCUGUGGUUAUAUUUUAUAAAUGUGUAUAGGUAUGUAUAUUUAUAACGUAUGUUUUAAUAUUCAAAAACAUAAUAUUUACGUGUCAAACAAUCAAACUUUAGGGAAAAAGGACAUAAGACUUAUUUGUUUUUCCAAAUGUAUUAAGACAUUGUUAAGGCAUAAUUUUAGAGAAUAUUGUUCACAAUUUUUGAAAGAUAAUUGUAUUUGCUAACUUGGCGGCAGUUAAGAUUAAAUGUUAGCAAUUUUAAGUAAUGAAAAAAA